GGUUCUGCACAUUGACAGAUAUUUAACACUAAUACUGCUGAAGAGAAAUGACCUUCUAAUCCGCACACGAGACUUUGCAUCCAUGGAGCGCGGUAACUAUGGCUGUUGGUCUCGAGGGGGGGUUUUCCAUCUGGUUUCCUAUGCUGGACACUGACAGGACAUCACUUAGGGUUGCUGGCCAGAGCACUUUUGCGGGGUUUCCACCACAGGAGCAGGAACUACAAUAGUCUGACUCGGAAACUAUACAACUCUGGUGAAAAGCACAUUUAUACUGCUAGGGAAUACGGGGUUGUACUUGGAUCCAGCUCAGGAAUCCUUGCAGCUUUGCACUUAAGAAAGCCGUAGCGUAGGUGAGAGGGGGAGGUCUAAGCAUCCACGAAAAAUAAUAUAUUUGGAGGGAGAGAAAAAUGGGAUUCAACUGCAGGUAUUUAUGAAGUGGAAUUGUGAUCGCUAAAUCAUAGGUGGUGCAACUGUCUUCAAAUUACAGUCUUUAGCAACAGUAUGCAGAAAAAAUUAAAAGGAGACUAAUCGAGGCAAGGAAUGUGGAACUCGGACUUGGACGGGUUGAUUCCUUGCUGCAACUGCGCGGUUUAACUUGAGAGUACCAGCUAGUGGUAGAUCACAUCUGGCAGAGAAACACAAGCACAUUCAGGAAUUCAAGAGCUUGAAAGAGGAGAAGGAAGGGCAGGUUUCGGACUGUCAUCUCCAAACUGGGGAAUGAAAGACAGGAGAGCAUAGUUAUAACGAAGACUGCUGGUUGUGGUUCUGUGCUACAAGCACGGAAUAAUAAGAAAGGAGAGGAAGCUUACAGAUUACACCUGUUAAAGGUGUGCAACUCUUUGUCACACUUCGUCAGAACAUUUUGCCCGACCAGCCCUUAUAUGUAAAUAGUUAUUUGGCCUGCCAACCAAGGUCUCUGGAGUUGAAAGUUCCCACCGGAUCUGAUUAAUAUUCGUUUGAAGGCGUUGUCCAAAAGUUCACGUGAGCAGAUGUUUGUAAAUUUAUCAAAGAAUUCUGCUGCGCGUGCUUCCCCGCGCCAAGUGUGAACCAGACUUACAUGUUUGCAGAAAGCAAAAUGUCUGAGCCUGAGACACCCAGCCCCCAGGGUUCCCUCCACAUUGCACAGGAUGCAAUAGAAGUCGUAGAUGACGUCUUUGAAAAUACAAGUCGCAUCAUGCCUGUGUACAGAUAUGAGAAUGUUGAGGACCUGUAUGAGCUCUUAGAGACUUUAGGCAGUGGUCAUUUUGGUAUAGUGAGAAAGUGUUUGGAGAAAGCCACUGAGACAUUUUAUGCUGCAAAAUUUAUUAAAGUUCGGAAAUGCAAGACAAGUCGACUGGGGUUAGAUCGGGAGCAGGUUGAACGAGAAGUCAGCAUCCUUCAGCAGUUAGACCACCCUAAUAUCAUGAGGCUCCGUGACAUCUUUGAGUGCAAAACAGAAACAGUGCUAAUCCUAGAAUUGAUUGGCGGUGGUGAGCUCUUUGACUUCAUUGCGGAGAAGGAGAUGCUGACAGAGGAGCAGGCCAUUGAGUUCCUACAGCAGCUGCUAGAGGGGGCAGCAUAUAUGCAUUCUAGGCAUAUAGUUCAUUUUGACCUCAAGCCUGAAAACAUCAUGCUUCUGGACAAGGAUGUCCCAAAACCUCAACUUAAAGUUAUUGAUUUUGGUCUAGCUCAUAAAAUUGAAGAUGGCGUGUGCUUCAAAAGCUUGUCUGGAACCCCUCAGUACAUAGCACCUGAAGUGAUAAAUUAUGAACCUUUAGGACCACCGGCUGAUAUGUGGAGCAUAGGUGUCAUCACAUUUAUCUUAUUAAGUGGUACGUCACCAUUUCAGGGUGAAACGGAUGCUGAAACACUUACAAAUGUUGUAGAAGUGAAUUAUGAAUUUGAUGAUCGUCACUUUAAAAACACCAGCGAUCUAGCGAAAGAUUUCAUCAGGAAGCUGUUUGUAAAAGAUCCCAGCAAAAGAAUGUCAGCCAUUAAAUCUCUUAUCCAUCCUUGGAUCAAGCCUGUGAAUAAACACCACGUAGUUAGCAGAAGUCGCUCAUCUAUCAACAUGAAGAAAUUUAAGAACUUCAAUGCUCGCCGGAAAUGGAAGCUUUCCUACAACUUGCUGACAGCAUGCCAACGCUUUAACCGUGCAUUGCAUAUAGUUUGCAGGCAGCAAGAAGAUGAAAAUCUGAGGCAGUGUGAAAGCGAUCAAGAGGACAGUGAGAAAAGUACUGUCACACUGCUGCGUCGAAGAAGAAGCAGUGAGUCCAUUACAAAGAACAGUGUAUGCUAACAAGCAUUUGCUGACUAGCUGGACAUGUGAGAAAAGUACUGUCACACUGCUGCAUCAAAGAAGAAGCAGUGAGUCCAUUACAAAGAACAGCGUAUGCUAACAAGCAUUUGCUGACAAGCUGGACAUUUAUAAGAUCCAUUUGGUAUUUAACAAAGUGGUGGACUAAACCAGCAAAACACUCUACAUGUGGAAGACCAGUCUCUCCAACCUUUCUCAACAUACUGCUGAUGCUUUUUAUAAUGUUGCACCAGACAAGCAGCAGUUCAUAGAAACAGGCAGAUAAAUUGGUACACCCUGCAAGGCACCAUCUGGACAGGACAGUAGUAAUGACACCAGAGUUCUGUGACAUAAGUAAACACUAGUAUCAGUGCCUUAUUUAGUUAACUGCUGUUUUCUUAUGUGGUCACAAACAAUUGCAGAGGCAACAUGGACAGCUUCCACUAGUUUAAUUUUUUAUAUGAAGACAGUUCUGAUUGUGAUGAUGGCUAAAGAAAACACAGCUUGUCUGAGGAGUAUUGUCAUGAAAUGACAAACAGUUUUUUAAGCUCACUGACAGUGCAGAGUAUCUUUACAUUUGGGUGGUAGAUCUGUUUAUAGUUACCAGUUUAUUACUGGCCAAAGUAGUCUGACCUUCUGGUGCUUUCUGAGUAGGUAUAUCUGAGACAUGUCAACAGCUGUCCUGGACUAAUGCAGGAUGGAGGCAGUGGGGCACUACAAUCUUGAACAUCUGGAUUAAAACUAGUAACACCAGCUAGUGACUUUUUAGAAAUCAGAAGACAGUGUUUACUGAAACUACUAGACAGAGAGUGAUUACAGGCUAAAGUAGCUGAUUGCAGCAUAGGAAUGCUGGUAAUUAGCCACUGCAGUAUUAAACUAGUUGAAAAGACACCUUUACUAGCUAAGACAACCACAUAUAGUGUAAAAAUAACAAAUUACUUGUAGUCGCUGUGGAUGAAUCCCAAAAAUACCAGUUAGCAUAGGAAUAUUUUAUUUAGUGGGACAUUUCAAGUUAGAAUAUUGUUACCGAAACUGGGACUGCUAGUUAACUGGUUAGUAUACGUAGCGAUAUUGUACUAAAACAUUUGAAGUCUAUAAACCAGAACACUUUUAGGCAGAAUUGUAUUAAACAUAGCAGCUGUCCAAAUGUAGAAAAAUAUCACUGAGUUAAGCCAACUGGUCUUAAAGCAAGCAGAACAUCUGGGUUAACAUGGGAGUUUAGGCAAAUGCCACCUUUACUAGAUACAUUUAACAGCCUCUCAAGAAAAUCACUCCAGACUGAUACCUGCUUGCACCAGCCCAGGACUGCAAUAAUUAAGGAACUGCAGGUGACAACAGGCUAGCCGUGUACAAUAUAUGCUGCUGACUACACGCGUUUCCUCCAGACAGUUCUUUGCAAAGCAGACAUUUACUCUAAUUGCACUACCGAUCCUUGCUUUUGGUUGGAGAUUUUAACUUUUCUACAGCUGAAGUACCUCACUAUUUUAACAGAGUACUAAAAUAAAACUUCAUGAUUAUAGCUACAACCAGUACUUACACGGUUAUCUCAACUGUUCUAAACAACUUUACUUGUAUAGUAUCGCACAAAGGGAAAUUGUUGCUUUACAUAUUACAUAUACGAGUGUGGUGAUGUGAUGUCUUUUCUAUAGAGAUGUCAUGGUUACCACUGCGGUCCAAAAUAAUGUUGUCCUUGUCACCUGUACAGAGUGACAUAGUUUAGGAGCUAAGUUGACUUACAUUCCCAUAUGUUCUACUGCAAUAAGUAAUAUGGUUUGAGAUUUAAAAUGGCUUGCCUGUUGGUUUGGAGUGAAAGGUCCACUAGAAAUAAUACAUUUAUUUUCAUCUGCACAAGUGAAGUGACACCAUGUUUUUUUUUUCACAAGUAGCAGUCAUGUGCUUCUUAAACAAUAGAAUCGAUACAGGCAUGAUGAUGUGGUCAGUGGGAUGGAUGGGGUGGGAUGAACAAAGGAAGAAAAACUGUGAGGGAACUUCUGGAAAGUGAUGAGGCAAAGACAGUGUACUGAGGAAUAAUCAGAAACAGCAGUAUAGUGAAACCCACGGGAGAAGAAAUGUGAAACUAAACAACAGUAUAGUGAAACCCACGGGAGAAGAAAUGUGAAACUAAGGAAUGAAAGCUACUCAGGCCAACUGUUGUGAGAAAGAUGUGCAAGCACUGUGCGAGAGAGAGAGAGGGGGAAGUUUAUUAUGUGAAGUGAAUGAAAAAGACAAUGAGGUGACUUUAUGAAACACAUAAGGGGACUUACAAAGCAGAGAAAACAGAUUAUUACACAGAACUGGAAAACAGUGUAUGUUACAGUGGUUAUAAAACAUGUACUUGUAGCUUAAAAGUUCUUUACAUUUGUAUGUGCCACAAUACAACUGGCUAUGCUAACAGAAAAAAAUGGGUCUGUUAAAUCCAGUGGCACAGAUGUGUGGGACAAUCUGGCUUCCUUUGUGAUCAUGAAGUUAGGUUUCUUCCAGCUUAUGUAGAAUCAAUACAUGACAAGCAGGGUCAUAUGAAGUCUUAUUCUUUUAUUUUCCCUCAGUCAGUGCUCACAGACAUAUAAUGUGCUUUUAAAAUAUACCAAGAAGGCAAUGCUUUAAUGCUGUGGUGUAAUGAAGUAAAUGUGUGUGUGUUUGUGUGUGCGUGCGUGUGUGCGUGCGUGCGUGUGUGUGUGUGUGUGUGUGUGUGUGUGUGUGUGUGUGUGUGUGUGUGUGUUAUCUGACAGCAGUAUCACCAAGCUAUUAACUAGGCUUUGUAUUGAUGCACGGUGAAUGAAGGUGUACGGGUUCUAAUGAAGGCACUGUUUGUAGUUAUAACAAUUCUACUGCCAUUCCAAAAGGAAGGGAAGUUAGACUUUUAAUGGAACAAUUUGGAUAAGAAAACACCAGAACAGAAUGGGACAUUAUUGUCCCAUCUGCUUGUGGAUGUCAAAGAACUUGUGGCAGUUAUUAAAACUAUGUGUGGAUGACUUUAUUAAAAAAAUACAUUUCAGCAUUUUUAAAUAAAAGUGAGUUUUCAUACAAAUACAACUUAAUUUUUUAUGAAAAAUAAAAAUAAAAAAUACUAUAAUACAGUUCAAUAAGAAAUAUAAAGACAGUAAUUCACCCCAAGCAUUUCUUUUUCCACAUGCAUUCCCCCAUUUUCUAAAUAGCUUUUGAAGUCACCAAUUACCUGUUCUGUAAAACCUCAACAAACCUACCUUACUAAACAUAUCACACACACACACACACACACACACACACACACACA